AUGAGAAGAGAAAAAAUUCCAAUUUGGAUAGCUGUAAUCUUGAAAUCUCAAGAUAAAUGUAAUAUCGUUCCUCCAGAAUGGUUAAACUUAUCAUACUUGAAAGAAAAAUACGAAGAGGAAUUAAAGCAGCCACAUAAGUUCAGUGUGUUGCCAUGGAACUGGCUUGAAAUAUCGAAAAUUUUACUCAAUAAAGCUGCAGAUGAUUUGUCUGAUCCUACCCAUCAAUUGAGAUCUAUAAUACAAGAUUUGAGAGAAAUACGACUUGUGAAGUCCCGAAAAGGUUUAAAGGAAUUGAAUGAAUCAAAUAUCCAAUUAGACGGGCUUUCAUUACUAGAAAUUAACGAGUUGAGACCCUUUGUCUUAACUGUCAUGAAUAAAUUAAGACAACUCCACGAAUCUGUUAACACGAAGACGGACAAAGGAUCUGCUAAUGAUCAGGAUGAUGAUAUGUACAACGACAUAUCUGAUAAUGAAUAG